AUGCAACUCAAACUCAUCGCCGCCACCAUUGCCUCCCUGGCACUCACUGGAGCCCUCGCGAUCCCCGAGCCAAUUCCAGGCGCAUUCCCAGGUCCACUGGACGAACCCCAACUCCAACCCCGAGCUGAUCAACAGCAGCAAGCCAAAGACAACGCCAAAGACAACAAGGGCGUAAACGACAACAAGCCCCAAGGCUGGCAGCAAUGGGGCCCAGCUCAACAAUGGGGCCAAGGCCAGACGUACCCAUAUUACAACAACGGCCAGUACAACAACGGCCAAUACUACGCUUCCACCGGUUAUGGUCAGUACAAUGGUCAGUAUUACCCGUACAGCUACAACUACAAUUCCGGCAAUGGCGGGCAGUAUUCUCCGUACUACAACAGCUACUACAAUGGUUACAAUAAUGGCCAGUAUGGAUACUCUGGAUAUGGAUAUGGACAGACUGGUGUUUGUUAUAAUAAUCGCGGUCAGGCUUACCAGUGUUAG